AUGUGAGCGAGUGCAAGACUGUAAUUGAUGCAUGUGUGUGUGAGUGAGUGAGGCGCGCGUGUGUGUGUGUUUGUCGUUUGUGCAAGUUUUGUUGGGGCUGUGGGGUGCUCGAUUUGAAAGAGGAGUAGUGAAGGAAGAGCGCCGAGUUGUCUUGGUGUGUGUGUGUGUGUGUUAGUGGAAUUCUUGACAAUUCCCCAACAUACGUUACCAUGGAAUAUUACCACCUAGGCUCAGGAGGUUAUGUUUUAAUGAAUGCAGAUACACUCAAGCUUCAGCCGCCCGUCUACACAAAUGUUCCUGUCGAAACGGCAAUGUUAGCAACCAAUAUAUUUGGCCCCGCAACACAAAUAGCAGCUCCACCAGCAGCAGCCCAUAUACCAUUGAUCACCGCAGCAGCAGCCGCCGCCGGAGCAACAACAGCAGCAGCCCCUCCACCACAAACCACUGCCCAGCCCGCAGCCACACAGCAGCAGCAACAGCAGGCGGCACAGCAACAGCAUCAACAAGCCCAACAGCUUCAACAUCAACAACAGCAGCAGUUACUAACGCAUUCACAUACUCACGCAUCGCACGCUCACGCUGUGGCAGUUGCCGCCGCCCAACAACAACAGCAGCAAACGCCAACUGCCAUACAGACAGGUGCAGUGCAUCUGCAAGCGCAUCCACACCCCCAUACACAUACCCAUCCGGGACAGGCACAUAUGCAGUACGGGCAUCCGGCACCGCAGCCGAUGCCGCUGCCGUCCACUGGCGAAAGCAUUCAGACAACCACAAUAGACAAUACCGAAUACGCCAUCAUGAAUGGAGCUAUAGCUCAGACUCAGGAUGGCCAAAUUGUCUGCUACACUACAGAGGCGCUUGUACCUGGUGUUAAUAAUACGAAUUUAAUUGCCCUUGAACAGCAGCAGCAGCAGCCAGAGCUCGUGCAACAGCAGCAGCAUCAGCUGCCGGCCGACGAAUGUGGUAUGCCUCUGGACAAGCUCAAGCAGAUGCUGGCCACACAGCUUGAUUACUAUUUUUCCAGAGAGAAUUUGGCAACCGAUACUUAUCUGGUCUCCCAAAUGGAUGGCGAUCAAUAUGUGCUCAUAAAGACAGUGGCCAAUUUUAAUCUUGUUAAAAAGCUAACCAAGGACAUCAAUUUGAUUACCGAGGUGCUACGCGAAUCGCCAAAUGUGCAGGUCGAUGAGGAGGGAUUGCAUGUGCGACCGAACCACAAGCGUUGCAUCAUCAUCCUGCGUGAAAUAUCCGACAACACUCCACUGGAUGAUGUCAAGGCGCUAUUUAGCAGCGACAACUGCCCGCUACCCAUUGCCUGUGAAUUUGUGGCCAACAAAUCGUGGUACAUUACCUUCGAGACGGAUGAGGAUGCACAAAAGGCCUUCACUUAUUUGCGUGAGGAGGUCAAAGAGUUUCAAGGCAAACCAAUAAUGGCGCGUAUCAAGCCAAAAUCCUUCAUCAAUAGAAUGCCAACCGGAUCAAAUAUGAAGAACGGCUAUCGUAUUAAUUCACCGCCAACUGCCGCAGUGUAUGAUCCAAACUCAGUACCUGCCGCUGCUGUUGCCGCUGCAGCGGUCAACUAUAAUCCUCAACAGCGUUACGUAUACGCCGCCAACGGGGCGGCUCUAGCACCAGCUCCAGUCUCCUACAAUGGUCAGGUGUUGAUCCCAUUGCAACAGCAGCCGUUCUACUUGCCCUGGCAGGCCACACAAGUGGGGGCCGCUGCAGGUGCCCAUGGCCAAAACUUUUAUGAGAUUGGUAACAUAUUUGCCCACAAUGGGCUGGCACCGCAGGCUGUGGCUGCCAAUUAUACCACAGCACCACCACCCACCGCACAAAUUGUGACCACCAAUAAGCCGCAAGGUGGCGGUGGACGCUACAACAGCAAUCAUCGUGGCAAUCCCAAUAUUACUGGCGCUGGUCCACGCGGUGAGCCGCGCAGCAAACCGCCACGCACUGUACAGCAGCAGCAGCAACAACAACCACAGGCUCAUAUACAGGGCAGCAACAUAAUCAUGGCGACGCCAUUGCGUGGCGUCAGCGUCAUACCCGCCACUAUUGUAGAUCCAACGCAACAGCCGCAGGCGCAACUGCCGCAGCAGCUUCAACAACAACAGCCACAGCAGCAACACCAACAGCUGCAACAGCAGCAGAACAACAGCCAACAGAUGCCGCAGCAGCAGCAACAGCAAAUGGUUACGGUUAAUGCUGCUAACAACACGCGCUAUGCGGUCAAAGGUGGCAUGCAAAAGAAUCUGGACAAGAGCUAUGGCAGCCAUCAUCACUAUAGCACGCAGGUGCCCACGAUUAGCCACCAUCAAGCACCGCAGCAGCAGCCGCAACAGCAGCAGCAGACUCACUAUUCAAUGCCUUCCUCAAGCGCCGCCACCACGCCGCAUCCCACGUAUGUCAAUGUCAGCAGCACGCAAGCGCUGCCGCAGCCCAAUCAGCAGCAGCAGCAUCAUCAUAUGGUUGUGCAUACACAAGCUGUGGAGUUGCAAGAGCCCACAGCCCCCACUGAUUCUGUGGCUGUGGAGCAACAGCCGCCAGCCACAGCCACACACAAUAUCCAGGCGAAUCGCAGCAAUAUGACGUCCAGCCCGUUGUCCAACGCCAUGGCCGGCAAGGAGCAGUCGCAGUCGCAGCCUAUGCACUGGUCAACAAGACCGCGUCGUCGGCGACGUGAUGAGGAGGGCACACCCCUUAACUACUCACCAGGCGGACCACGUGUGAACAUCUACGGCGGCUCAACGCAACAACAGAUACUCUCAUCGUCUUCGGCUUCGUCCAGCAGCAAUGUGCAAUCCUCUACGCAUCGCGAGAACCAUUACAGCACACAUGAUGCGCCGCCGCAGCAACAUCGUGGCAAUUACAAGGGCAAUAAUUACAAUCCGCAUUAUCAUGCGCAACAGCAUGGGUCUAUGUCGCAGCAUCAUCAUCACCACAGCCACAAUCAGAGCUCGUUGCCAGCUCAGCAACAACAGCAGCACCAGCAGCAUCACAUGCCCGCUGCCCAGCAGAGCUCCACUCAUCACUAUCACAAUCAUCAUCAUCACAAUUCCAUUGGCAGCAAUGUGGGCAACAGCAGCGGUGGUGGCAACCAAACUGCCACUGGCAACAACUCUGGAAACGGCAACGUCACUGGCAAUAACAGCAACAGCAACAUGUCCAGCAGCAUGGGCAGCAAUAGUAGCGGUGGCGAGCCUGGCCGCAACGAAAGAAACGAACGUGGCAUGCAUCAUGGCGGUAGUGGUGGUGGAAUGGGAUAUCAGAGUCACAACUCGCACCAGCAGCUGCAGCAGCAACAACAACAACAGCAGCAACAGCCGGCGGCGCCUACUCAGCCACCACAAUUUGAUUUGCAAGCAGCCGCUUUUCCGCCACUGCCGACCACCUCGGCUAUUGCACAUACGCAUCAUGCUUCCAUGCACAGUUCCCACGGCUGCUCCACCGCAGUCGCCUUGUCGCACAAACAGGCGGCAGCCAAUCAAAGUCAGGCGCAACAGACGCAUCAGCAGACGCAUGCCGACAGCAGCGACGAGCAGACAACGCGUUCGAUAAAUCAUCUGCAAGCCGAGAGCACUGCACACAGUUCCUCCGUCAACAGCAACACCUCAACAACGGGCUCAACUGUCGCUCCAACAAGUGGCAACUGGGCCGAAAAUCGACUAUCGGACGUGGUACGUACUGGCAAGGGCAAAGCUGCUCGCAAAGAUGCACCUGCUGGACAAAAGUACAGCACACAGUCGCAGCCACAGCCACAACAGCAGCAUUUGCCACAACAAUAUCAACAACAACAACAACAACAGCAGCGAAAUAUGACAAUUAGUCCCACACCUGCUGUGAUGGUCAUGGUGCCAGCAGAGGAGAGGGCGGGUCCUUCUGGCAGCAACACUAAAAACUUUACUAAGCAGAGCUCUAGUAACAGCAACAGUAACAGUAACCCGAUCCAUGUGAUAAAGUGUAUAACACCAAAUAUCAAUAGCAGCAACAAGCAAAGCAUUGCAGCGACGAUAGCAGUUGGUGAGGACGCAGCUACGACGCAUGCUGCACAUCAGCUGGAUAAAUCAAUCAAGACUGAGGAUGAACUGCAUCCAGUGCACAGCGGCAAGCAGCAGCAACAACGCCUAGCCGAAGGCUUCGGCACUCAUCAACAGCAGCAGCAGCAGCAUGUUUCCCAUGACUAUAUGCGUGCUGGUGCUGGUGGCGUUGGCGCUAUGCCACCCGCUGUUGCCGGCCAUUUGCCAAACUCGGGCGCUGGCGCCUGCAGCACAGUGGCCCUAAGCAGCGGUCUAAACGAACUGAACCUUGGACAGCAUAAGAAGCCAUUGCAGCAGCAGCAGUUUGUCACGCCACAUCUCAAAAAAGAGCCCAAAGAUGCUAGCAAGCACAAAAGUGUGGGCACGUCCACAUCAUCGAAUUCGGUGUCCACGGAGAAUAUUGCGGCCGCAACGGCCAGUAAGUUGAGCUAUGCUCAGGUGGCACAGCACCAUCGAACAUCCUCAGAGAGCAAAGAUGGUGCGAUGUCGCCCACGGGCAACCAUAAGCUGGAGCUAGUCUUCGGUGAUCCCACCGCGCAUACGACGGCAACCGAUAAAAUCGCACUGACUGACAAGCGGGCAGCGCCCGCCACGGGCUCAACAACCCAAACGAGUAAAUCUGCCAGCGGCACACAGACCAUGAACUCCACUCAGGUAGCUGGUGCUACGCCAGCUAGCAUCAAGGAUAGAGACACGAAUCAACGUGAAUCACGUACCAAUGCAGCACCAAAUGCCGGCAGCCUGCGUCACCAAAGCAAAGAGAAACCCUCGUCACAGCAGCAGCAGCAGCACCAUCAUCAUCAUCAUCACCACCAGCAACAACAACAACAACAACAACAACAGUCACAUUAUGGAGCUAAUGUCGAGCAUGGUAAUCAGGGUGGCCGCAAGUCAAGGUCCAACAAUAAUAACAACUCCUAGAAGCAAAAGAAGUCGCCCCAUACGCGACACAUGUGAAAAAGCUUCGCCUAAUGCAUUCUGCAAGGAGCGCAUCGUUAUACCCCCAACUGUACAUAAAUUCCAUAUGUAAAUACUAGCAAGAGCCGUUUAUUUUUUGUUAGAUUUAUCUAUAAGCGCUAUAGCUAUCUAACAAGCUAACCAAGGAGGCAUAUGUAAGUUGUGAAUGCUGCUACCAACAAUAGGAAGGCAAACAACUUGGACCAGUUAUCAUAAUAUAUUAUUAUAUUGUAGGCAAAGGAAAUAUGGUGCAUAACUUUAAUGUAUACAAUU